CCGAAUACCUAGCCCAAGACGAUCUAUUAGGCGUGGAUCGGUCAGGGGAGACAGGGGAUUUCCGAAUUGCGCAGUGGAGGAACAGGCACGUCAAGUGCCCACAGUCCGGGAUUCGAGAGCAACGGCGUCGAACGGCGCGGGUCCAGUUUUUGCAACAUGACAUCGUCCAGCUUGGGGGGCCAGGGCCUUGCCCCUGGGGCUGCUUCCACAUUUCACCUCACAGUGGACUCGUUCAGCUUCCAACCCACAACACGACAUUCACCCACAGCAGCCACAGGACGCACACAAUUGCGCAGACGUGGAAGAGGAACCGGCACCUGGAAGAAGGGCACGGACAGCGCCGGAACUCGAAGUCCAGGGGGCAAGAAGCACAAUUCAGGUUCCGCCGUCAUCACCUCCAAUUCCAACACCAACCAGCUGCCUGGGCCUGGAUCCAACCUUGACACCCACAACAACACCGGCAUAACAACUGCCAGUAGUACCACCGCUUGCCUAGCAACCAGCAACGGCAUUGCCGUCCAGACUGCUGAUGAAAUCAACAUCCAUCAUACGCACCGUCAAAACCACAACUCGUCCAAACUUCCCGCUUUUCGCUUCGCCGACCUGAAAAAGGACGCAUCACUUUUCCCCCCUUCGCUGCCGCUCCUGCAGCCCAUCCACAUCCCACCUUCACCUAAUAAUAAGUCUAGACGGGUCUCUGUCUCGUCGACUGCUGGAAACCCUGCGCAAUUACCCUUUAACCUACAGCUAGGCGCACCUGCCAGUCCACCACAAUUUAACCAACAAAAGCAACCCCAACCGACUAGCCCGUUCCAUCACAAUUUCGUCAAACGCCCGCAGCUGUCUGCUGAAGAAGAAGAACGAUCCGCAGAAACACCGCCAAGACGAGCCCACAAGCGAUUACAAGACUCUGCUGCCAUUCAAGCCUCGACGUUCCAGCCCUUUUCACCCACAGCACAAGACUCGUCUAUUGGCUCAAAGCGCCCAGCCUCUUCCGUCUGCGAUAGCCAUAUUGCCGCCAGGGGCCCGUAUGUGUCGAGAUACCGGCCUGCAUCUAUCGUAACACCCAUUGGGAAACGUCGCCAAACGACGUCGAUCCGACUUUUACCUUCCAUCGAUACUGCGCAGGGCCCACGCGAACCGGCACCGCCCGCGACCAUCAAGUUGAGCAAGGUUAAUGAGAAGAGGAGAUCCCGUCCGCCAGCCUCUUCCAAACCCGCCAUUGUCCCGAGUGCCUCCGGUCGCGACUCCGGAGGGCAAGCAAGCACUUUCCCGACCCGGUCGUUACGCUCCUCGACAUCUCGCGACGACCUGUCUUCCGACUCCGACUCCGAUCCCGGGCGCACUGUGGGCGAUACAAACGAGGGGGACAUGUCGAACUCAACCCAGAGAGACCGCGCACUGAGGGCCCUGGAGGGCAAACGGGAUGACGACAUGUCGCGAAUGACACCACCAGAUUCAGCUACUGCAGCUUCCGACAAUGAAAAUACAGCCGAGAUCUUCAUGAAUAUUGCCCGCGAGGAUCCAGCACCUCGGCCGGCGCAAACCCGGACUGAGGAUCAGAGCGCAAUUUCACGCAUAAACCGAAAUUCCUCCCAUCGUCGACCACUGUCUACAGCGAUACCAUCAUAUCAGACGUCAUCACCGCCCCAGAUAGCCAACCGCCGACUUUCUGAUUCCCGCGACACAAUAUCGUCCAGAAGCCGGCUGCUUUCAGACCCACAAGCAGUCCGAGAACCGAAUCUUCGAGGUAACCCGAGAGAUCGCCUCAUCACCAACAUAGCUCAGGAGGACCUCGGUCGCUCCCAGUCUGUCCGAACGUCCCUCAGACAAGCCCCGCCAACCCCCCGGCAGAUAGCGUUUCAGGAUGCUUAUGAGGCGGGCGCCGGACUUACACGAAGAUCGUCAAUUGCGGACAUCUCAUCUGUUGGGAGGAAUUCGCAAUAUCGAAACUCGAACCUUGCCGUUGGCGGCAGGAUUUACAACUCCUCUCCAUUGGUCCCCCGAGCUCCUGAGCCACAAAGACCGGAAACCAGUCAGAACGCGGAGACCAAUCAAGGCGCAGAAGGGACGGAUUCCUCGACAUCGACGGCGGACCCCUCCACGGUUUGGGAUGAGCUGGACGACUUGAAGUCUCGCAUUCACAGGCUGGAGCGAACGGGAAAGAAGCCACCGGCGGGGGCAGGAAACUCCAGGAGCUCAGAGGAGCGUCCACCUACAGCGACGACCAAUGCUACAACCAUGUCCGCGUCGCCGAAACGUGGAUCGGGAGGGACUACUGUUAACCACGGGGAGACGGCUAGUAAUGCGUCAUCACGGGAAACACAACCCAUUCUCCUAUCAGCCCUGUUAAAGACAAAAGGUCUGAUCAGCGCUGAAGUUUUCAAUGCCAUUGAGUCGGCAGCAAACGACGCCUUGGCUUUGACUUCCAUGAUUGGUGCUGCCGGACAGCCGGGGCCGAUAUCGAGCGGCGCGAGUGUCGUUGGGGGCUAUGGUAGUGGUGUCACGGAUCGGCAGCUCCGAAGGAAAGCGGAUAGCAUCUGCAGGAGCUUGACUGAGCUGUGUAUCGCAUUGACGGAUGAAGCUAAUCAGUCCAAACCAGCUCAGCCCGCAGCUCCCAACCGCGAGACUGAAAAGGUCAUAACACCAACAACGGCGGCCAAGUUCACAGGCAUCACGGGCCGGCGACGAUCGAGUAUUAUGGUAGAGACAGCAUUGCCACAGCCGAGCGUCACUAGUCCUAGGGCUCCAACGACAAUGGAACAGCGAAGGAUCUCACUCUUGGCUGCGAGUGCUCUGCCGAGUCCCAGGACUUCAGCCGUGCCAGCUACCCCAGUUGACUUUGGUACACCCGGGCGAAAGUCGUCCUUGCUAUUGGCUCGGAACCGUCGGGUUGCGGUAGAGGAACCGGAGGAGCAAGUCAAUGGCAGGAGGUCGUCGUUGCUUUUGAGGAGCCGGAGAGUAGGACAAGAGGAACAAGAAGAGAUGCCUGCCGAGGGCCGCAAGACAUCGUUGCUGCUGCGUUCCCGAAAAGUCUUUAAUGAAGAGGACGAGGACCGGUAUCGCACCCCGUCCAGGGCCAUAACAGAGGUCAAUGGAUUGCGAGGUACUCCACGCGAACUCGCCAGUCAAGCUUCGUCUCCUCCCGACAACACUCCGCUUGGCUCUUCGGCUUUGCCCCGCAGGCGCAUGGUCCCUACCUCGAUAAGUUCCAGGCUGAGCACUCCUACUGCUCCUGUAAUACAACCUUCGGCCAGCCGUCGAUACCUCGACAGAACAGCAGGUGGAGAGCGGGAGACCAUUGUGGCCAGCAGCUACGCGGAAAGGCUUGCGGAGGAGAGGGCGCAGCGCCAGCUGUCGCUGGGCCAUACGGCGAUGCUCAAUCGGACUGGUAGUAUCAGCCGACGGGCGCGUGACUCGGGGAUACCCAGCAUUUCCACGUCGAACUUGCAACAUCAACAUCAACAACAACAGCAAGCCAGCGCGCAGCAGGUUGGCGGGUACAGAUGACGAGAAGGUACUGAGGAGAGGAGGUAAUGGUGACGCUGGCGGUGGGGGAAGUGAAAAAAUUGUGGGAAAUUCAUGCCCCCUUAUGACGUUCAGACCAUGCUGUUCAUGAAUGUAACAACAACAUCAACAACACUUUCGACAUAUACCAUUUGGGCGUGGGGCGUUUAUCUUUUAUUAUACCUUGUUCAUUCUUCUUUUCCUCCGUCUUUCGUGUCUGUUUGAUUGACUGAAACGAAGCGGAAAGUCGGGAGAAACCCACAUCCUACACACACUCUUUCAUUCGAUAUAUCUUCUGAGGGGCACCGAGGGGCUAGAGAAGGCCUCGUUUUGUUUCUUUUCUUGACGACGACGCCUAAAGAAGGCCUAACACAUUAUACCACAUCUCUUUGUAACGAAUUUCUUUUGUCAGAUCAUCCGUACCUUUCUGGGCGACGAAAAGGGGAGAGAAAAGGAACUGUUUGGACGGACAGCAUACAGCACUGCACGUUUUGCAAUGCAUGCAUACCUCAACGGUACCUGAUAAGAUUAAGUUGUUACAUUUUAAAAUACCCUGUUUCAUACAUACAUGUGUAUACGCGGACGGACGGGGCUACGGUGACACGGUGAGGGUAGGAUGGUUUAUAGUUCAAUGCGGUGGUUUGUUGCGCGAAUGCGAUAAGGUCUACACUAGAACUUUGCGAGGAUGUGGUGGGCUUGUUUGAUAUUUUGGAAUUUUGAUCCACUUGGUACUUUUAGCCUUUUGUACUUUGCUCCGAUCGUUGGUCCAGUGCAGUAUGGGCGUCAGCGUGCAUCACCGUCGUAGACAUAAUUGUUGAGCAGCAAAGCGAAAAUUGGAUGUAUUACAACUGCAGAAAACAAGAGCAUGAUAAUCCCCAAGGUCGUCCUCCAACAUUGGUGAGCUUAGCGAAG